UCAUAUUCUGUCAUUUUCUAUUCUCAUUCAGAAGUGCACAAUUGCGAGAGAAUAUCUUGACAAAAAAAUCAUUAUAUUUUCAACUGGAUAUAUUAGUCGAUCAGCAUGGAAAGUAACAAAGCACAAGCUGUUUUGCUUUUUAACUGUGUUCACCAGGGGCAUGUUAAUGUUCUCAGAAAGCUGCUGAAAGCCGGAGCAAAUCCUAACGUCUUUGACGGAGAAGGUGAACCUCUCAUCUUUGUCCCUGUAGUCAAUGGAGAUUACGAAACUCUGGAGGCACUUUUAGAAAGUGACUGUUGUGACAUUAACAUCAAAAGCUUGGAUUCUGCAACAUCAGCCCUCACAACGGCCGUCGGUUUAGAUGAUCUCGAUAUGGUGAAGUUUUUGAUCAAAUCUGGAGCUGAUGUGGACUGUAUUGACGAAUCUGGUAAAUCUCCGCUGCUUCUAGCCCUCCAGGAUGGGAAAUUCAAAAUCGCACAGUAUCUCAUGAAACAAGGCGGUGACGUUAAUGUUGUCGAUGGACUUGGCCAAUCUGCAUUGUUCUUAAUCGCCAAUGGUGGCAACAGCGAUUGUUUGAAGACUGUCAAGAAACUAAUGAAAUAUGGGUAUUCUCUUGAAAAAGAUUCAUCGUGGAUUUCUCCUGAUGAGAUAGAUUUUGAAAAGGUUCAAAAUGCACCCAAGAUCAACAAACUUUUGAAGAAAUUUACCUCCAAACUGUUGUCAUUUCCAUCCCUCCAGAGUUCCAUUAAAUGCAACUGCACAACAUGAACAUUAAGAAGGCUAAACUGAUGCACUGCAACCUCAACGCAAUGCAAUAAUACACAGCUGACAGCUCCAGUAGCGAUUGCCAAAUCCUGUCGUGGUAAUCUCGGAAAGGUUACCACACUGGGUGAUGCUGCAACUCGAAGAAGCUGUUAACGCUUCCGAUACAAAUCUGCUGAAUGCUUAACAUAUCAUUGAACUUUGCUGCAAUUAGGACAUUUCGUCUCAGGGGCAUGUGAUUAGGGUGAUGCAUUUCUGAGCAGUAGACAAAGCUUACAUGUUGUAUUGUUGUAAUUGUCUUUAGAAUAAACUAUUGAAACAAAAA